AUGGCCCCCGCCGCCGCCGAGAGCGCUUCACCGAUUGGUAUCGCCAACCUCCCCAACCAGCGGCAUAAGAUUGUCGCCAAGCGAGGAGCUGGCUUUACUAUUAUGGUUGCGGGCGAGUCUGGCCUUGGAAAGACUACCUUCAUCAACACCCUCUUCUCCACGACCAUCAAGAACUAUGCCGACCACAAGCGCCGUCACCAGAAGCAGGUCGACAAGACCGUCGAGAUCGAGAUCACCAAGGCUGAGCUUGAGGAGAAGUUCUUCAAGGUCCGCCUGACAGUUAUCGAUACCCCCGGCUUCGGCGACUACGUCAACAACCGCGAUUCGUGGAUGCCCAUCAUCGAAUUCCUCGACGACCAGCACGAGUCUUACAUGCUUCAGGAGCAGCAGCCCCGCCGCCAGGACAAGAUCGACCUCCGUGUCCACGCCUGCUUGUACUUCAUCCGCCCCACCGGCCACACCUUGAAGCCCCUCGACAUCGAGGUCAUGAAGAGACUCUGCUCGAGAGUGAACCUGAUUCCGGUCAUCGCCAAGGCUGAUACUCUUAGCCCUGCGGACCUGGCCAAGUUCAAGCAGCGCAUUCGCGCCGUUAUCGAGGCUCAGAGCAUCAAGAUCUACCAGCCCCCCGUCGAGGAGGACGACGAGGCUGCUGCUCAGCACGCCCGCAGCUUGAUGGCCGCUAUGCCCUUCGCCGUCAUCGGUUCCGAGAAGGAUGUUAAGUCCGCCGACGGCCGCGUCGUCAAGGGUCGUCAGUACUCUUGGGGUGUUGCUGAGGUCGAGAACGAGGACCACUGCGACUUCAAGAAGCUCCGCUCCAUCCUCAUCCGCACCCACAUGCUCGACCUCAUCCACACCACCGAGGAGCUUCACUACGAGGCCUACCGCGCUCAGCAAAUGGAGACCCGCAAGUUCGGCGAGGCCCGCCCCAGGAAGCUGGACAACCCCAAGUUCAAGGAGGAGGAGGAGGCGCUGCGCAAGCGUUUCACCGAGCAGGUCAAGAUCGAGGAGCAGCGUUUCCGCCAGUGGGAGCAGAAGCUCAUUGCCGAGCGCGACCGCCUCAACAAGGACCUCGAGCAGACCCACGCCCAGAUCAAGCAGCUCGAGACCGAGCUGGAGCAGAUGCAAGGAAGCGCCGUCCGCAGCCACGGCCGCCGCUAA